AUGGCGUGUUCGCACGAGCACCACGCGUGUGGCCACGCGCACGACGAUGCGGACCAUGUGCGCCCUGGCGAAGGGCAGCAAGACUACCUCUAUUCCUCGAUUGACCGCGACCAGGUGAGCGCGCUGAACGAGCGCACGCCGGGCUCGGCACGUGCGGUGAUCCGGCCGUUUGACGACCGCUACAGCAGCGACGGAGCGCUCGAGUCGGACGUCGACGACGACCUGCUUCUCCAUAUUCCGUUCGCAGGCAGCGUGCAACUGCGUGCGCUUCUGCUGCGCACGGGCCCCGGCCCGACGACGCCGCGCGCGGUCCACCUCUACAAAAACUGCGAGAACCUGGACUUGGAAGAGGCCGCCGACGGGAAGCCCGCGCAGAAGCUCGAGUCGAUCCCCGAUUCGAGCGAUGUCGUGGAGAUCCCGCUGCUCGCCGCACGCUUUCCCGACGUGCAGACCAUUACGCUCUACGUGCCCGGCGCGCUGCGCGCGUCCGACGACCCGCGCACCUCGAUCUCGUUCGUAGGCUUCCGUGGCGAACCCCGCAUGAAGCAGCGGGGAGGGCCGCAGCAGAUCGUCUACGAGGCCGCGCCCCGCGCCGCCGACCACCCGGUGCGGGGCACGGCCGAGGCGCCGCUCCGCAAGAGCGGCACGUGA